AUGGCUUUAGCAUUGUCUCUCCUCUUGGCCAGUUUUGUAUGCUACCGCAUAUACAGGAUAAUCUACAACCUUUACUUCCACCCCCUCGCACCCGUGCCCGGGCCGAAACUCUACGCAGCCUCCUGGAUCCCACGACUAUGGCGCCAGCAAGUCCUCGGUGUGCAUUGGAAAGACCUCGUUGCCCUGCACGAAAAAUAUGGUCCCAUCGUCCGCACGGGACCAGAUGAGGUCUCCAACGCGUCCAAGCAGUCGUGGGAGGACAUUUGCGGCAGCCGCGUCUUCAACAGGGACCUGAACUUCCUGCGCGUGACGCAACUCAGCGAGCGCGGGGGUUUUAUCUCCCCAGUCAAAGAGGAGCAUAGGAUCGUCCGCAGGUUGUUGCAGCCAGCAUUUACCGAUCGGACGAUUGACCGCCACGCCGACAUCUUGUCCGAAUGGGUAACCAAACUCCGGCUUAAUAUCGCCGCUCACGAUGGUGAGCCGGUUGAUAUCGCACAAAAGUUGGUCUGGAUGACUUUUGAUACCAUGGGCGUGCUCAGCUUCGGAGAAAGCUUUGGCUGCCUGGACAAAAACACCCAACACCCAUACCUCAAGGCCAUUGAACUGGGUGCGCCGUUCCUGUCCGCGCUGCAAGUCGUGCUACGUUACAAGGCCACCAGCUCGAUGUAUGGCCUGCUACUCAAGCUCCCGCUCAUGCGUUUUUGGAACAGUCUGCGUGCGACCGCAGAGGCCAAGGCCGCGCGUUGGAUCGAAAACGCGGACAAGUCUCGGACGGACGUCAUGUCGCUGAUCUGGACGGCGAUGCAGGACACGUCCAACCCGCUGUCCGCCGGGCAGGCCAACGACCUCGCCUCGAUCCUGUGCCUGGCGGGCGCCGAAUCGACGCCCGUGUUGAUGGCGGGCAUGGUGUGGUGGGUGCUGACCACGCCCCACGCGCACGCCAGGUUGGUGGCCGAGAUCCGUGGCGCCUUCACCCACGCGUCCGAGAUUCAGGUCUCAAACCUGAGCAAUCUCAAAUAUCUAGACGCGUGCGUCAUGGAGGCGCUGCGACAGCACACGCCCUUUUCGGUGGCGAUCCCGCGCAUCGUGCCCGAGGGCGGCGCCACCGUCGACGGCUACUUCCUCCCGGCGGGCAGCGUCUGUGGGGUACCGCACUGGGCGAGCGCGCACCUCGCUACAAACUUUGCCAACCCAGACGCCUUUGUGCCCGAGCGCUGGCUGCCCGACCCUCCGGCGCCGUAUGAUGGAGACAAGCGGGAUACGUUCAAGCCGUUCGCCAAGGGUAGCAUGGACUGUAUCGGGAAGCGGCUGGUCUACCACGAAGUCCGCAUGGUAAUGGCAACACUCUUCUGGCACUUCGACCUUGCUCUUUGCGAGCAGUCACUUGAUUGGGUGGCGGGCGGUAACGCGACGGUCCGCUUGAUGCGCGAAAAGCGAGCGCUGUGGGUGCAGGCAAAGCCUGUCGUUGGAUGA